GUCGCUUGGCGCUUGGUUUUAAAGUUAACGAAUUGUGUUACUUGGUUUGAUGAGUUUGUGCAGAAGAAAAACUAAAUUUUGUAUUAUCAAUUAAAUUGUUAAAAACUCAAAAUGAAGGCAGUCAGUAGCAGCGUUCGCACACCUAUGCGUGUUUUCAAGACGCCCCGCGCUCCAUUGACCGAUAGGCAGCGAGAGACAGUAGAGAAGCCUCGCGAUCCUGUACAUGUAUAUUGCAGAGUGCGACCACUGCAAUCGGAAGGUGAUCUCACAGGAAUGCGCGUAAAGAACUCCACGACAAUCACAUUAACGCCGCCAGAUCAGCUCCUCCAUCACAAGCAAUCGGCACAGCGCGAAAUACAGUAUAUAUUUAAGCACGUCUUUCAGUCUGAUUCCACGCAGCAGGAUGUGUUUACGGCAGUGGCUCAGCCGCUGGUCGAAAAUCUUGUACGCGGUCGUAACAGUUUGCUCUUCACGUACGGAGUGACGGGUAGCGGGAAAACCUAUACCAUGACUGGUAAUUUAAGACAUCGUGGCAUUAUGCCACGUUGCCUAGACGUACUGUUUUGCACCAUAUCAGACUAUCAAGCAAAGAAGUUUGUUUUUAAGCCAGACAGGCUAAAUGGCUUUGAAAUUUUAUCUGACGAAGAUGCGCUGCUCGAGCGACAACAGGAAAUGAAUCAGCGGUUCGCCGGAGCUGGCCGCUUCGCCUUUCGACGCAAAGACUCUGACCCAGAAAUUGCGUCGCAAGCCUCAGUUGAUCCAAGGCCGGUGUUGGGAAUAGAUGAGGACAAUAUGUUCUCGGUCUUUGUCACCUAUAUCGAGAUUUACAAUAACAGUGUCUACGAUCUUUUGGAGGACUCGGGCAUACAGAAGACUUUGCAAAGCAAAAUCAUACGUGAAGAUGCCAACCGCCAAAUGUUCGUUCACGGUGUCACUGAGGUUGAAGUCAAGACAGUUGACGAAGCUCUCGAGGUGUUUCAGAUGGGACAAAAACGGAAACGCAUGGGUCACACCGUUUUGAAUUCCGAGUCAAGUCGUAGUCACUCUGUCUUCAAUAUCCGUCUGGUUCAGGCUCCCACUGACUGCCAGGGCGAGCAUGUGGUCCAGGACAAGCACACAAUCACGGUCAGCCAGCUAUCUCUGGUUGAUCUGGCUGGCAGUGAACGUUCCUCGCGCACAAAAAAUACGGGAAUUCGCUUGCGCGAGGCUGGCAACAUAAACAAUUCCUUGAUGACGCUGCGUACUUGCUUGGAGUACCUGCGUGAGAAUCAGCAAACACCCUUUGGCAUAGCGCCCAAGAAAAUUCCAUAUCGUGAUUCGAAAAUCACACACAUGUUUAAGAACUACUUUGAUGGCGAGGGUCAAGUUUCGAUGAUUGUGUGCAUCAAUCCGAGAAUCGAGGACCAUGAAGAGAAUAUGCAAGUUAUGAAAUUCGCCGAAAUGACCCAAGAGGUUCAAAUAGCGCGUGCCACCCCAAUGAAGACAGAUCUAGGCUUAACACCAGGACGUCGGAAGGCAAACAAAAUGUUUAAGAUCGCAUUAAACAACCUCAAUGAACUUGGCGUACCAGAGGCUAAAGAAAUAGAUGUAGAUGUGGGUCUUGUGUACAGUUUAGGACCAGAUUUUCCCAGCUAUCAAAUGGAUAGUCCAGAAGCUGCAAUGAAAAUACAAGAACUUAUGCAGUACUUGGAGCAACGCAUAGAAAAACGCAAAAAGCUGCGCAGCAAUAUGGACAUAAAAUGUAACAAUUUCCGUCAAGUCAUAAUGAAUUUGGAAAAAGACAACUUGCAAUUGCGAACAGAGUUAGCAUCUCUAAAAGCCGUCUACAAACAAGAACGCGACCGUAGUACAGCUCUCGAAAAUAAGGUGCGCAUUCAUGAGAGUUCCAUAGAUGUACUCAACAACAGCCUGAGCAAGCGCGAAAGGCAAAUAGAGGAAUUGUCCCAGAAAUUAAAUGAAAAGGAGAAUAUGUUAACGCAAAAGGAGCACGAAAAGGAGAAACAAAAGAAAAAAUUUAGCUCGAAACUUGCUGUUGAGUCCGAUAAAAACAAGCGGGAAUUUGAAGUAAAAUUACGAGAGCAACGCGCCAAACUGCAGGAACGGAUGCGCAUUAAAGAUGAGAAGCUGCGCCUUGUGUCAAAUAUUCUUCAGUCCGAAGAUCUGCCAAGUCUGCCGCGGUCUCAUAGUACAGAGGAUAUGCUUGGAGACAAGGAUCGCGGUGCGAUGACUGCGCGCACCGAAUCCUCAGUGCCAGUGACAACGCGAACUGAUAUUUAUUGCACGCCCCGUCAUGGCGUCGCUGCUGCAAAUACCAGGCAUCGACGAUCACGUUCUGCGGGCGACAAGUGGCUGGAGCACCGAGCUGCCAAUCCCGUACCACUGGGCACCAUUAUGCAGCCGUACUUAAAGAACCGAAAAUCGGUUACAAAACUUACCGACAUGAAGGAACUAACCGGGCAUGGUGCCACCAAGUACUGUCUCGUUGCCCAGGAGGCCGAUACUGAUGGCGAUGUGGAAACAAAGCUAUACAAGGGUAACGUGAUUCCAACCUGUGGUGGUGGCGCACAAGUUGUAUUCGACGAUGUCGAGUGCUUAAAGCAAAAAUCACCCGUCCACUCGCCAACUCGCAAGCGCCCAAGCAAUGGCAAUUUAUCGGGACUUGGAGCAGUGGUGCCAAGUACAGUGACAGUGACGUCUGUACAGGAUGUUGCCUCACGCUGCAAUUUGGGCAUUGAGGGGCACAGUAGCAAGAAAUCGAAGAUGUGAAUGAAAUGUCGACCAUCGCAAAAACUUACGCUAUUUAAAGUAUAUUAGUCAUUUUUUAGUUAUUUUUCCUGUCGUUAAAUUGAAGUUCUUGUAAUCAAUUGAGGAUUUGGUUAUUAUGUAUAUUUAAUACUCAUUUAUAUUAAAUUUGAAAGAAAUUUGAAA